CAAAGCAUAGAAAACCAGCAUGAUGAUGUAAAACAGUGAUACGAAGUGAACAAUAGAGUUGUAUUAGUGUUUUGAACUUGUUUAUGAAUAUAGUUAAGCAUGUAGUUCAUCUGACGCACACUUUCCUGGUGUCUGUGAGCCAGUGGGAUUAAGUUCCACUAGGACAGCGUAGGUGUAGACUUUUGCGCGUGUGUGUGUGUGUGUGUGUGUGUUUCUUGCUCUUGCCGGCGAACACACUUUCAGAGUGAAUGAACUGCGAGAAGAGUGUGUUCAUGUAGCUAUAACUCGAGGAGAAGAAUCCAAACCGAACAAAUGGGCUCUUUCCACCGUAACGAAGAGGACGACGAUUCCUUAACCGCGAUGGAAUCCGAGUCUCUAACGCAGAAAAGCAAUGAGGAGGAAACUGGAUUUACAACUGUGAUUGCCCAGGCAGAGGCUGAGCAGUGUCAAGAAUUCUGUCCAUCCAGUGUGAAUCACGGCCUGCUUCAACCCCAACGUGUUGCUCCUUUCCGUAGAACGCUUCCUAAAACACUCAAGGAAGGGGCAAGGAGGCAAAAAGAGCGCUCUGAAUUUGGGCGACCCCUCUGGAGGACUAGUGCAAGAAAGAAAUCUCUAAAGAUGGGAGAGGAGAGGCGGGUCCCCAUUGAGAAACCUUGGCGCAGUAGGUCUGAAGUGAGCUGCUGCUCUGAUAUUUACACCAGCGUUGGAGGAUCUCCACAGCUCAGUUCUCAGACAGAAUCUGUGUACAUUCAUGCUGAAAGCAUCAAAUGUUGCGACACUUCCUGUUCUAGUGUAUCGCAAAAUGGGGGCUUUUUUUGUCUCUAUACAGAGGUCGAGAAAACUCGUGGCGUCACGCAAGAGGCCGGAUCAGAACCUGAGAAAUUAGGCAGCAGCAUAGAAGCCUUGUUCGGAUCGGAUUCUUCCUGCGACAGCGAGUCCUUCAGAAGUGACUGUGACUCGGAUUCAAGCUGCGUUAAUGCCGACUGGGAGUGGAGCUUUGACUCUGACACAGACUCAUGCAACUUGGUCUACAGCUUUACUGAGGCACAGUGGGGCUCUGCCUCAUCAUGUUCAGGCUCUGCCGCCUCUGGUUAUAUCACGGACUAUGAUUUAGAAUCCUCAAUGUCCACCACAGAACAACAUGGCUCGUCUGCUUUUGACAGCCAUUUUGAGCAGGGAUACCAUGACUUGCCAGUCGGCCAUUUCAAGCCAGGACACUGUGACUCUCCAGUGGGACAUUUUGACACAGGACACCGUGACUCUCUGGUCGACCAUUUUGACGCAGGACACUGUCUCUCUCAGGUCGGCCAUUUUGACGCAGGACACCGUGACUCUCUGGUCGGCCAUUUUGACGCAGGACACCGUGACUCUCUGGUCGGCCAUUUUGACGCAGGACACCGUGACUCUCUCGUCGGCCAUUUUGACGCAGGACACCGUGACUCUCUGGUCGGCCAUUUUGACGCAGGACACCGUGACUCUCUGGUCGGCCAUUUUGACGCAGGACACCGUGACUCUCUGGUCGGCCAUUUUGACGCAAGACACUGUCUCUCUCCGGUCGGCCAUUUUGACGCAAGACACUGUCUCUCUCCGGUCGGCCAUUUUGUCGCAGGAUACUGUGACUCUCUGGUAGGCCAUUUUCAUGCAAGAGGCUGUGACUCUCUAGUGCGCCAUUUUGAGGCAGGACAUCAUAACUCGCCAGUCGGGCAUUUCGAGGUAGGGCGCCAUGACUUACCUGUUGGCCAUUUUGAGGCAAGACGGUGUGACUCGCGAGACGGCCAAUUUGAUGAGGCUUCCUGUGACCUCUACAAUGCUUUUCCUGAGCUUAGUGAUACAGUCUGUUACAGGAUUAACGAGCAUGACUACUUUUUUGAUUUUAAGGACUAUUCUGAGCUAACUUUGAGGAAACUUCAGGGCGUCGUGACUCAUCCUGAUCGCCGUCGCGUCACACCAUUUUUCCACGAGAUGAUGAAAGAGACGGCGCAUGAUAGAAAUCAAGAAAAAGUCAAGAUAAACAAAGGCUUUCUUUUUCAUCCACAAAUGUUUCUACAGGCAAAGAACUCGGAAUAUCGGGAAGGCCAGGACUAUUCCGUGCUUCGCCAUGUACAGAAUGGAUCGUAUGGAGACGUGUUCAGCGUGCGUGACAAACAAACUGGGUUUACAUGCGCUGCCAAAAGGAUUCCUCUGAGCAGUUUCAGCUGGGAGGAAGUGGGAACGUGGAGCAGGUUGGACUCGCCACGUGUCCUUCAGCUCUACGGGGUUGUGCGAGAGGGCCUCAAUGUCGUCCUCUUCAUGGACCUUAAAACGGGCUCGUUGGCGCAGUUCCUAAAAGCGAGAGGGCGUUUUGCUGAAGAUUUGGCUCUUUAUUAUCACUGUCAGGUGCUGCAGGCUCUGGAACAUCUACACAGCAGAAAGGUGAUUCACCUGGAUGUUAAAGUGGACAACGUUUUGCUUUCGAAGGACAAGACUGAGUGUUUCUUGUGUGAUUUUGGAUUAUCUGAGAUGCUGGACCGGACCGGAUACAGCACCAAAACCUUCAGAGGUAAUGGUCUGCGUGGCACCGAGAGCCAUAUGUCUCCCGAGGUGGCACGGGGAGAUCCUCGCUCAGACAAAGCAGACGUCUGGAGUAGCUGUUGUAUGUUGCUGCACAUGCUCAGCGGCCAUCAGCCGUGGACACGCUACUACACACACCCGCUCUGCCUGAAAAUCGUGAGUGAGCCGGCCCCUCUGUGGGAGAUUCCGGCUGGCUGUGACCCCUUGACCUGUGAUGUCAUCAGAGGGGGACUGGUCAAGGAGCCGAGAGAGAGGGUCUCAGCCAGGGAGCUGCUGGAGAAAAGCAGCAGAGCUCUGCGAGCAUUAGGUGGCCUCAUUGAUCAGGUCCAAUCAACCACGGAGACUCUGCCCCGCCCUCAGAUCUCCCCACCAAUGAAAUCACGCAAUGUCUUCACCAAACCCCCAACGGUCCUGCCCCCUGUCUCCAUACCAACACUCCCUAGUCAGCCAGAGCUCUCCGCUCCCAGAAUCCAGUGGGUCAGCGGGUGGAGAGAACGAGCAGCUGAGGAGGACGGGACGGAUUCAGAAGAUGAGCAUGGCGAUGGAGGGAUGGAAAGAUGGAUGGAAAAGUACUGGGGAUUGAGAGACAAUUACACACUUUCUGAAGAUGAGAAAGAAACCGACGAAGAGAUGCAGAGCUCGUCAGAAGAACGAUGGAGAGACAGGGCAGAUGUGGAGAAGAGGAAUGAAGACGAAGGAGAGAGCGAUGAAGAGCUGGAGAGUGAUUUGGGGAGUCUGAGGGAGCUGGGCAGCGAGGACGAGUGGGAGCCGUUUCGCCGCCUGCAGAUCCUCUGCGGUUCCGAACGGCGACACGGUGGAGAUGAGUGGUCUGAAAUGGAGGACGAGUGCACGCCCUCUGCGAUGACAAGUUUAAAUCACAUUAACUUGUGUGAGCAAAACUCCAGAUUAACUCUUGCCUGCCAUCGCAGCGUCUGCACUUCUGACGCCGAUCUUACUGAAAAGGUUUCUGAUUGGUCGGAUGACCUGAGCUCCGGCGUGUUCUCCUCCUACAGCAGCCUUACAGACGAUCGAAGCUUCAACCUGGAUUGGUCUGUCUCUACCAAUCGGCCGCCUUCUUGCAGCUUUGAAGGUCUCGGGGUGGAUAUCUGGGUGGAGGAUGUGAGUGGGGAUACUUUUAGGAUCAGAGAGAGACUAAAAGUGAAGCUGGGUCACGUUGCCAUAGGUAUAAGUGCACAGAUCUCGAUGAGAGCGUUCAGUUUAGCCACGCUGGACGGGAAGCUAGUCUCCCCUGACACCGAGGUUCUGGAGUCCCGCAUGUGGUUGCUGUGCGUCCCUGCUCCGGACAACAGCACCAACUGGACCUGGAGGAUCCGAGACGGAAAAAUGGAGACGCAAGAAGUUGACGGACUGCAAUCGGACACCUGCUCCACUCUAGCAGCCUGAAGCCUAUUGACACUACAUUCCCUUUCUUCGCUUCAGUUAUGUGCUAAUUUUAUUUGUUUUUUUUUGUUUGUUUUUACCAGAGCAAACAUGCACCAUAAAAGUAUUACAACUAUCGAAACUCUUAAAGUAGCGGGGUUAUAAUUUAGCGCCCUCUGGUGCUUUCGAGAUAAAUUACAAUGAGGAGCUGUCCCUUUCCCUGCUGAUCCUGGUCCUCUAUUAUUUUUAUUUUUAUUUUUUCUGGGCCAGAAAUAUGUAAAAAGAAUCCUGUAAUAAAUAAUAUUUCCAGAUUAAUUGCACGGUUGUAAUUUACAUCUUCAUUGAAUCAAUGCAUCUUUGAGAUUAUAUUAUUUAUUACAAGUCUAGAAACACUUUAAGAUGACAAACCUCAUCUUUAAUUUAAAAAAAAAUAUUUUUUAGAUGAGGGUCCUGUGAAUGUGCUAGUUAUCCAUAUUGUUAAUCAGUAUUUAUAUUUAGGAAGCCUGAGUAGCUCGUAAUAUCCAGGUACAAGGCUUUGAUGUGACCAGCACUUAUUUCCUGUACUGGUUCACUUUUCAUUGGUGGCUGAUUCGAAUUUUAUUUGUUGCCAUAGUAUAAAAGUCACAUUUUUGUACAAAAAAAGUGUUUCUGCUGUCUGUAUUUUGGACAAGUUUUAUGAUAUAGCCCAUUAAAAAAAUGUAUAACUAAUAAAAAAAAACUAUACGUUUGUAUUACAAAAAGUAUAUGUAACACGAUAAGAAACUCAAUAACUAAAAGAAUAAACAAAAACAAAAAACAACAAUUUCAG